GGGCUCCGUGAGUCCCGGAGAAGUGACGUGUUUCAGCGGCUGCUCUGGUGACGUGUCUCUCUCUCUUUUCCACGGAGCGGCUGGAUGGAGCCACACUGAAUCCACGCAGCGCUCAGACUGGUACCAAAAACACGGCCGAAGACGGACUAAGGACACCAUGGGGAUUAAAUUUUUGGAAGUCAUCAAGCCUUUCUGUGCGGUCCUGCCAGAAAUCCAGAAACCAGAAAGAAAGAUUCAGUUUAGGGAAAAGGUGCUAUGGACCGCCAUCACACUCUUCAUCUUUCUUGUCUGCUGCCAGAUUCCACUUUUUGGCAUCAUGUCAUCAGAUUCAGCAGAUCCUUUCUAUUGGAUGAGAGUCAUCCUGGCUUCCAACAGAGGUACUCUGAUGGAGCUGGGUAUCUCACCCAUUGUCACCUCAGGCCUCAUCAUGCAGCUGCUGGCUGGUGCCAAGAUCAUUGAAGUGGGAGACACUCCAAAAGACAGAGCCCUAUUUAAUGGAGCUCAGAAAUUGUUCGGAAUGAUCAUCACCAUCGGACAGGCCAUUGUAUAUGUUAUGACUGGCAUGUAUGGAGACCCCUCGGAGAUGGGAGCUGGAAUAUGCUUGCUCAUCAUCAUCCAGCUCUUUGUUGCAGGCCUCAUAGUCUUGCUACUGGAUGAGCUCCUCCAGAAGGGCUAUGGUCUUGGAUCUGGUAUUUCUCUCUUCAUUGCUACUAACAUCUGUGAGACCAUCGUCUGGAAGGCCUUCAGCCCCACCACUGUCAACACCGGCAGAGGUACUGAGUUCGAGGGUGCUAUCAUUGCGCUCUUCCAUCUGCUGGCCACCCGCACCGACAAGGUCCGCGCCCUGAGAGAAGCCUUCUACAGGCAAAACCUGCCCAACCUCAUGAACCUCAUCGCCACCGUCUUUGUUUUCGCAGUGGUCAUAUACUUCCAGGGCUUCAGAGUGGACCUGCCCAUCAAGUCAGCCCGCUACCGUGGUCAAUACAACACCUACCCUAUCAAACUGUUCUAUACCUCCAACAUCCCCAUCAUCCUGCAGUCCGCCCUCGUCUCUAAUCUCUACGUGAUUUCUCAGAUGCUUUCAACACGUUUCAGUGGCAACUUCCUUGUCAACCUCUUGGGAACCUGGUCUGACACUUCGAGUGGAGGACCAGCUCGGGCCUACCCAGUGGGAGGUCUCUGCUACUACCUUUCCCCUCCGGAGUCGUUCACUUCUGUACUAGACGACCCGGUUCACGCCGUCAUCUACAUCGUCUUCAUGCUUGGUUCCUGUGCCUUCUUCUCCAAGACCUGGAUUGAGGUCUCAGGAUCCUCUGCCAAAGAUGUGGCAAAGCAGCUGAAGGAGCAGCAGAUGGUAAUGAGGGGACACAGAGAAACCUCCAUGGUGCAUGAACUUAACAGGUACAUCCCCACAGCUGCUGCAUUCGGUGGGCUCUGUAUAGGAGGGCUGUCUGUCAUGGCCGACUUCCUGGGUGCCAUCGGCUCAGGUACAGGAAUCCUCUUGGCCGUGACCAUCAUCUACCAGUACUUUGAGAUCUUCGUGAAGGAGCAGAGCGAAGUCGGCAGCAUGGGAGCACUGCUCUUCUAGAAAAAUAUCAUCGGACGCACAUCAGACACAAAGAAUCCACCCUCAUAUUUUUUUUAUUUUGCAUUGUUUUUGCAAUUUGUACAAUCAGUGUAUUUUGCUGCUGGGAUUGGUAAUUUUAGUCCAUCACAUUUGUUAUCCAAUAUACUGCUCUUGAGUCUCAAUGUCGAGUAAACAGUUUAAGUUACUCCCAGGGCUGAGAACAGUAUUGUUCUUUCUUUGGUCCUUUUUAUUCCAGUAGCAAUUACCCAUCUCUCUGCAGGCUGCCUAAAUCCCCACUGACUGUCUAUCAGCUGAAGAAUGCCUACAAGCACAAACGUGUGAGGUGCCGUCUUUAACUUACCUCAGGCAUUGUUCAUUGCAUCAUGUUAUUUAAAGCUGGAAGCACUGUGUCUGGACAUUUCUGGGGAGCUGAAAGAAAGCCAUGUCGUGUUCAUCACCUAGCCAACAUGCUUGAGGUUUUUUAGUGGCCUACAGUAGGGUUUCUGAUUAUCUCAGACAAACUGUUUUUCACUUUUGAUUUUAAAUCAUGGACUAAGUUCAUCUUCAUUCUGGUCUUAUGUAGGGCACAGUGUUCGUCCUCCGUCUCUGGGUCCUCAAAGGAAAAGUGUUUGUCUGUGUCGUCAUACUCUUUUAUUCCCAGACUGAUUCGCUGCACAAAACUGCCGAGAUGGUCGGGAUGAGGGUGGGUUUGAUAGGGAUGAAAAAGGGGUUUCAUUUUCGUUUUUACUUUAUGUAACGAACAUAAUUGUGUUAUUAAAAAAAAAAAAAGGAUUUGUUUUCCAACACA